AGUCUCAACAAAUUGGCAUAUAUCUAUAAAAUUCACGAAACAUACGUAAUUUUAAGGCACUGGAAAUGAAUAUUACGUUUUUGCGUUCGAUACUAAUAUUGGUAUUUAUAUACAAUGUGUCCGGUGGACGGUCUGGGAAACGUCUUGUCCUGGAGGAGAUGGAUAUUGAACAAGAAAUAAUGAACCUAAAGCAAGCAAUGGCACAGAAAGACGCACAAAUAGGUAGUCUUCGGAACCAAAUCGGUUCGACGUACACGAGAUGGGGACGAACUACUUGUCCAGGAAAUGGAACAGAACUCGUUUAUUCUGGUUUCAUGGCUGGAACCUAUCAUGACGACGCCAAUUAUAAGGGAGCCGGUGCAAAUUAUCUGUGCCUAGCCGACCAGCCGACGUGGGACCAUUAUUCGGAAACUGUGAACAAUGUUAUUAGAAUAACAGGUGUUCAGUAUGAAUUUUACGCACAUUCGGAGACCCAUCAUGACCUGCAAGACUUUUUUGGAUCUGAUAUCCAUGACGAUGAAGCCCCAUGCUCAGUUUGUCGAGCACCAAGAAGUACAAGCGUAAUGGUUCCCGGCCGGAAGGAUUGCUAUCCCGGAUGGACAAUGGAAUAUAGCGGAUAUUUGGUCGGCGCUUACUCGGGUUACGAUGAUGCAUCGGAAUAUAUUUGUCUUGAUCGAAGACCAGAGGUUGUUGUGAACAGUGGAAGUAGCUAUGGGGACAACAUGCUAUAUUUCGUGGAAGCGUACUGUGGGAAAAGCCUGGAGUGUCCACCAUAUGUUAAUAACAGAGAGCUGGCUUGUGUCGUCUGCACGAAGUAAUACGCAUGUUAGCAGACGAUGACGACAACAAAAUCACCACAACCAAAACAACAUCACCAUAGCAAGAAUAAAAACAACAACAAAACAACAAAUAAAACGAUUUUUAGAGUAUCAUUAUUGAAUCGUUUACUACGAAAAUUUAAACAGGAAUUCUUCACGUACAGAUAGCAGAAAUAUUUUGUAAACUAUGAAAAACUAUUUAUGCUUUUUAUGUAUUGACCAAAAACUGCAAACUUUAUCAGUUUUUAAAAAUAAUACCAGGGGCAUAUUUUGUGCGUCAAAAAAGUCAAUUAAAAUGACUGAAAGAAAAGUUGUAAAGUGAACAAUAUACUGCAGAGUCCCUGGCGCCCUUCUCAACUUUUAUGUUCUUUUUUCUAAGCCCUGACUUAGAUCUUGUGACCUGGUUGUGUUAAUAGGUAUACUUUAGUUUAAAAGGUUGUUAGGGUGCUACAUCAGCAAGUGUUCAAAUAAAUUGCUCAAGUUAUUCAAUAUUUACGCAAUGGAUAGAAAAAAUAGGGGCAAACAGUUUAAUGGCAGCGUAAACAACAAAACAACAAGCCUGGUAGAGGCCAGUGAAAUUAAUACACAAGGAAACUUACUAAAAUUCAGGACAAAGACAUUCCUUUCGGUUUAAAUUAUAAUUUAUUUAGUAAAAGGCGUUAACAAUAACUAUGCGUGGGAUUCAGACCAAAUGUACAUACAUGUAUAUAAAUAAAAAAAAUACUGUAAUGAUUACAGCAUAAAA